AUGAAAAAAAUAAUUAGAAUGGAGAAGAUAGUUCCUGAGGCAAGAAAAAAGAUAUCUGGAGAGAUGGAAGCACAGAGCUUUUUUGACAUAAUAAAUCCAAGCCGUCUAUCGGCUGGGUCAAUUGAUGAAGGAGUAUUCCCAGAUGAAAUUCUAGAGGGAAUUGAAAGAAAAAGAGAACAACUUCUUCAGAAGAUGGAAGUGUUUGUGGCAAAGGCAGCAGCACAGAAAAUUCAACUUUGUGAGAAGAAAGAUGCAGUGCAGGAGAUACAGACAACAAUUCGGGUAAUUCUCCUGGAAAUAGAAAAGCUCCAGGUGCAGACAGGAACAAACUGUGUUAAGGAGUGCAGUAGAAUGCUUUCUGAGCUGGAGUGCAUCAACAAGAAGAUGCAGACUACAAGUACCUUGCACAGAAGGCUUUAUUUUCUCACACUAGCAGUGGUUAUAUUCGGGUUAGUGGCUGUAGCAAAAGAGAAGUUUAUGGAUUAG